CCGUGUUACGUGUGUGGCGGGAGCCCCCGGGCCGCCUCUUCCCGUCGCGGCCCGGCGGAGCGGAGCGGGGCUGGAGCUGCUGCCGCUCCGAUCCGACACAGCGGGCACCGCGGUGCUUGUCCCGGAUCGUGACCGGCCGGCGGCAGCGGGAGGAGGCGGCGGUGGCGGCGCCGUGGCCCCUCGCUGUCUCCUGGCGAGGCCGGGCCUGAGCGCCGAGCUCGGAUCCGACAUGUCCGGCAGGAUCGAGAAAGCAGAAAUGUGAGCCCCCAGCGUGGUGCUCUGGAGCUGUGCAGACACGUUUCCUCUUACAGAGCUGAGUAUCUGCUUUUCAGCAGCUGAGCCCCGGGGACACGAUGCGAGGCAGAGCAGUGAGGAAUGAGGCUUCCUUUCAGAGAGAUUCCGAGCGUUCCCAUCUCUCCUCGUUCACUAUGAAGUUGAAGGGCAAGUUUCAUUCACCAAAAAUAAAGAGAACUCCUUCCAAGAAGGGAAAGCAAGCUGAGUUGACAGUGAAAACACCAGAGAAGUCAGCAAACAAAAACGUGUCAUGGCUAGAGGAGAAGGAGAAGGAGGUCGUCAGUGCGCUGCGCUACUUUAAGACGAUUGUGGACAAAAUGGCAAUUGAUAAGAAAGUAUUAGAGAUGCUGCCAGGCUCAGCAAGUAAAGUGCUGGAAGCCAUCCUGCCCCUGGUGCAAACUGACCCACGCAUCCAACAAAGUUCUGCCAUCUCAUCCUGCUACAGCCGUGUGUACCAGAGCCUGGCCAAUCUCAUUCGCUGGUCUGAUCAAGUGAUGCUGGAAGGUGUGAAUUCCGAAGACAAAGAGAUGGUGACAACUGUUAAAGAUGUCAUAAAAGCUGUUCUGGAUGGAGUUAAGGAGCUGGUCAAACUCACGAUUGAAAAGCAGGAGCAUCCCUCUCCCACAAGCCCUGUUAAACCCAGUUUACCAGCAUGUAAAUCUGAUAGCCCAUCAGAACUUCCCCUUACAGACCGAGAAAUGGAGAUCCUAAACAAAACAACUAAUAUGACUCAAUCAAAUGAGCUACUGACGGACUCCAUGGACGAAGAGGUCGCACCUCCUAAACCCCCUCUGCCUUGCAUUCGUGUGGCAGAAAACAGCCCACCUCCAGCCUUGCCCCCUAAAAAACGGCAGUCGGCGCCUUCCCCAACCAGAGUGGCAGUUGUGGCCCCCAUGAGUCGAGCCACCAGUGGAUCUAGUUUGCCUGUUGGAAUCAACAGACAGGAUUUUGAUGUUGACUGCUACGCCCAGAGAAGGUUGUCAGGAGGCAGCCACUCCUACGGGGGAGAAUCUCCUCGCCUCUCACCGUGCAGCAGCAUUGGCAAACUCAGCAAGUCUGAUGAGCAGCUCUCCUCCCUGGACCGUGACAGUGGUCAGUGCUCCCGCAACACAAGCUGUGAAACAUUAGACCAGUCAGAUCACUAUGAUCCGGACUAUGAAUUCCUGCAGCAGGACCUCUCAAAUGCUGAUCAGAUACCUCAGCAGGUGCCAGGUAUCCUCAGCCCCUUGCCAGAGUCCCUGGGUGAGUCUGGCUCCCCUUUCCAUGGACACGCUUUCCAGCUCCCACAGGGCAGCUCUUCUCCACUGGAAUUCUGCAGCCCCUCAGGAGCUGUGCAGCCAACAGAGACCCCUCCAGCUUUACCAGAAAAGAAGAGGAGAAGUGCAGCCUCUCAGACUUCAGACUCAGGCUGCAGGGUCUCAUACGAAAGACACCCUUCACAAUAUGAUAACAUCUCAGAGGAUGAUAUGCAGAAUGCAGGGUCUCUCUCAUCAGUAUCCUGCACGCCGUUUGCUCCUAUUUUGCCCUUUCAACAAGGAAACUCGUCAGCGCCAGUUGAAUUCAUUGCUGAUUUUGCUGCUCCAGAUUCUAACAGUGACCCGGAGAAGCCACCACCUCUGCCGGAGAAGAAAAACAAACACAUGAUGGCGUACAUGCAGUUUGUGGAGGACUACUCAGAGCCACAGCCAUCCAUGUUCUACCAGACCCCGCAGAACGAGCACAUCUACCAGCAGAAGAACAAGCACCUCAUGGAGGUCUAUGGCUUCAAUGACUCUUUUAUCAGCUUAGACCCUUCUCAAGAUCUGGCUCCCCCUCCUGCUCUCCCACCGAAGCAGCGGCAGCUGCAGGCCUCCUAUGCUGCCUCUUCUUUCCCUUCUGUCUCCUACUGUGUCCAGCAAACUAAAGUGCCCUUCACUCCCGAGGACACCGGUGCCACUCAGGGCCUCACUAUGUCAGUCUCUAACUCCUUUCUCAACCGGCACAGCUCCUUUCCUGUGCAUUCGUACAAGUCUGUGUUUAGGUCCUACUCGCAGGACUUUGUGCCUCACAACCAAGUCUCCGUACCUCCUUUCCUGUCUUCUACCUCCUCCUCCUGCUCCACCGCACCCUUUCCGCCCGUCCACCCGUCUCCAAGCUCUGACCUCGCAGUGCCAGCCACGGCCAGCCCGUCUCCCAGCACUGGGGAUGUGCCAAACUCCUCUUCGCAGGAGAGCAGCUUUAACGGGAGUGCUCCUGUCUGCCUUCCUUCUGAAACCUCUCUCACUGAUUCUCUGCAGACGCCUUCGAGUGAAAACGCCAGUGAGGAGGCUGGUGAGGGUGAAUACGUCAAUCUGUAUUCCUCUGGCCAGAGCAACGGGGAACUCCCUCAUUCUGGAGGAGAAUCUCCUUCUGUCAAAGACGGCCAUUCCAAAGACUCCACUUCAAACAGCAGCGCCAUGGGGAAGGAAGGCAAAGAAGGUGCUGAGAGGCAGCAGCAGUCACCGGAUGCUUUGGAAUCGUCACAGUUGGAGGAAGAAGUGGAUGAGCUCUCCCUUAUUGACCACAGUGAAAUUAUGGCUAGGUUGACACUGAAGCAAGAGGGAGAUGAUGGGCCAGAUGUCCGCGGUGGAUCUGGAGAUAUUUUGUUGGUGCAUGCAACGGAGACAGACAGGAAAGAUCUGGUGCUGUACUGUGAAGCCUUCCUGACUACGUACAGGACAUUUAUUACCCCUGAAGAGCUCAUCAAGAAGCUGCAGUACAGAUAUGAGAAGUUUUGCCACUUCCCGGAUACGUUUAAGAAGCGAGUCAGUAAGAACACCUUCUUCGUGCUGGUCAGAGUGGUGGAUGAGCUGUGCUUAGUGGAGCUGACGGAGGAGAUUCUCAAGCUGCUGAUGGACCUGGUGUUCCGGCUGGUCUGCAAUGGGGAGCUGAGCCUGGCCAGAGUGCUGCGUAAAAACAUCCUGGAUAAAGUGGAUCAGAAGAAAAUGCUGAGAUACGCCAACUCCAUCAAACCUCUCGCAGCCCGUGGGGUGGCAGCCAGGCCGGGGACCUUACAUGAUUUCCACAGUCAUGAAAUAGCCGAGCAGCUGACGCUCCUGGAUGCUGAACUCUUCUAUAAAAUCGAGAUACCAGAAGUUUUACUGUGGGCGAAAGAGCAAAAUGAAGAGAAGAGCCCCAACCUGACGCAGUUCACAGAGCACUUUAAUAACAUGUCCUACUGGGUUCGUUCCAUAAUAAUGCUGCAAGAGAAAGCCCAAGACCGAGAGAGGCUGCUCCUUAAGUUUAUAAAGAUUAUGAAGCACUUACGAAAGCUGAAUAAUUUUAAUUCCUAUCUGGCCAUUCUUUCUGCACUGGAUUCUGCACCCAUCCGAAGGCUGGAGUGGCAGAAACAAACCUCAGAGGGCCUGGCUGAGUACUGCACACUGAUCGACAGCUCCUCGUCCUUCCGCGCCUACCGUGCAGCCCUGGCUGAUGUGGAACCUCCCUGCAUCCCAUACCUAGGCCUAAUUCUGCAGGACCUGACCUUUGUUCAUCUGGGAAACCCAGACUACAUUGACAGCAAGGUGAACUUCUCCAAGCGCUGGCAGCAGUUUAACAUCCUGGACAGCAUGAGGUGCUUCCAGCAGGUCCAUUACGACAUCAAGAGGAACGACGACAUCGUCUCAUUCUUCAACGACUUCAGCGACCAUCUGGCCGAGGAGGCGCUGUGGGAACUGUCCCUUAAAAUCAAACCUCGCAACAUCACAAGGCGGAAAACAGACCGGGAAGAGAAAACUUAGGAGGAGGGUUUGUGCGAGCGAGGAGAAUUGCUCGGCAGGCGCACAGAGGGCAGCUAUGAGACUGGAGUUCAGUAUUUGUACCUGUUACGGGGUGGUGCAGCCUCUCUCCUGGCUGGCAGCGACUUGGGGGCUGUGAGCGUUGGCAGAGCGGUGGCUGCAGCGCAGACGGCAGCGGGCAGAGAUGGGGCAGCGCUCGCCUCCCUCCUCCUCCUCCCAUCCCUCUGUGCCAUCCAGCAGCUUUCCACACAAGGAGAGAGCUUUGCAGGAGGGUCCCCGGCAAGUGUGUUACUGAUGGUGGUGUUUGGAAACACGCCGGCUUUUGUCUUCAUCCCGGACAGAGGAUGAGCAGAGCUCGGUGCCCACGGGCUCAUCUCCGGGUGGAGUUCAGCAGACAGAAGCUGAGGCUUUCCCCAGUAAGAUGGGGGUGAAGGAGCCCUGCUGCCUGCCGGAGGGCUGGGCUUGUUUACAGGGGGCUUCAGUUUGCCCCAGGUCUCUCUCGCCUUCUCGAUAAGAUGAAGGCACCACUAAUGGAUCCAGAAGAGGCACUGAAUGGUGGGCAGGGAGCCGCCGUCUCCAGCCAUUGACCCCCCCUCCUCCUCUCAGAUCUCACUAUUUAAGCCACACUGACCCCUCCGACCCCUGGAAACACGGACUACCCGCGGUACCGCGCUCACCUGCCCUGUGGGCCCCUAUCUUGUAGUGAUGGUACUAGCUUUUGCACAGUAAAUCCUGUAGUAUAUGACUGUAAAUAGUAGGAUUUAGAAUCCAUUGGAGAUUUUUUUUUCUUUUUGAUGCAUGUCUGAUACCGAUGGGUUUAUAGGAAAAACAAACAAACCAAGUGCAAAACGUGAUGUGUAUCAAACUCACAAGCAGUGACAGCAUCAUGCUGAGUGCUGGAAGGAAGGAAGGAGGCUGAGGCCCCAUCCAUUCCUCUCCUUGUUGCCAAAUGGUUCUCAUCAUCCCAACAACCCGUGGUGCUCAGAAGCCGCCCCUUUAUACCCCAGCACUGCCCUGACCCCGCGCUCCCCUCCUGUUCCGUGUGCCUUAUCAGCCCCUCCAUCCCUGCUUCAUGUCCCCAUCCCUUCUCCCAGGCUCUCCCAUUCUCCCCCCCAUCCCUUUCUGGCCCCAUUCAGUUGUUUACAACGUGGUUCUGAGCACACGUGCUGUCGGUUUUACCCCUUUGCAAAACCCUUCUGCAGAGCCCUGUCCCACCAUUGCAGGUUAUUCACAAUCCUGCAGCUCAGGGCAGUGGCUCCCAGGGGGUGUUUUUGCAGAGCAUCCUCACUUUACUUCUCCAUGGCAGGUCAAUGUUUGCCAAACCUCUGUUUGUUCUGGGUGGAUCAAGAGAGUCCAGCGUUUCCUCCUGCAGAUUGCAAAGCUUUGCCCGGCUCCUGGCAGUGCCUGCUUUGCUCAGCUCCUGGGAUUGCACCCAACAUCAUCACUUUCCCACUGGCACCUUGUAUUUCUUUAUGGCACUGUUAACAGCCGUGUGGCUGCACGCCGGGCCAGGCCAAAGCUUUGUAAUCCUCACAGUGGGAAGAGAUUCACUUAGUUUCCUUUGUAAAUAAGAUUGAAAGAUGGGAAAGGCAAACACAGCCCACAGCCGGUGCAGAGCCCUGCUGGCCCCAUCACUGCUGUGAGCUGCAGGGGGGUCAGUGUGGGCACAGCACUAAGAUCACCCCAUUGCUGGGGGUCUCCAUGUGCUGGGGAUGAAGGAAGCAGUGGGCAGUGCUGUGCCCAGGGCUCAAUGCAGAGCGAUGGGGUUGGGGGCACCCAGGGGGCUCCCCAGCCUCCCCCCAGCUCCAGCUCAUUGGCUGUAUUAUAGACUUACCACUAACCCAGUCCCAAUGGUGGCAUCUUCCUGCAAACAUUUCAAACCUGUAACUUUUCUAUUAAAGACCAAUAAAUGCCAGUAACAAACCUGCCUAACGGUCCCGUUUACAGUUGCAUGCAGCAGUCUGAGGAUUAAAGUGACAAUCGAAUCCGCUCCUCA